CGGUUUGUCGACUGAAGCAGUAACUGGAGUGGCACCUCCCCUCUCAGGCUCAGCACAGACAGAGGAAGUGUUGCGACAGGACUGCUUGAUGAUCAGAGUUAGACUUUAAACUCUCCACCACCACUACUGAUUGACAUAAACCGAAAGCAACUGCAGAAGGAUGAAUUUGGGAGGAGGAAACCAAUGUGGACGUUGUAAGAAGACAGUUUACUUUGCAGAGGAGGUACUCUGUGACAGUCGGCGAUUCCAUAAGUCUUGCUUCGUGUGCUUGGCAUGUGGGAAACGACUAGACAGUACAACUGUUGCUGUUCAUCUGGAUGAAAUCUAUUGCAAGGGAUGCUACAACAAGAAUUUCGGGCCAAAGGGUUACGGUUAUGGUGUGGGAGCAGGGACCCUUACCAUGGACAAGGGAGAAGGUCAGGGUAUCACACACGAAGUACCUGCUCCUCAUCGCUCAACCACCAACCCAAACCCAUCAAAGUUUGCUCAGAAAUUUGGAGGGUCAGAGAAGUGCCCUCGUUGCGGCAAGGCUGUCUACGCCGCGGAGAAAGUGAUUGGAGCUGGCAGCUCAUGGCACAAGACAGGCUGUUUUCGCUGCGCCUCGUGUGGUAAGGGACUUGAGUCAACAACACUUGCUGACAAGGAUGGAGAAAUAUACUGCAAAGGGUGUUAUGCAAAAAGCUUUGGUCCAAAGGGGUAUGGAUAUGGAAGUGGGGCCGGAGCUCUCCCACUCACUCAGUAGAUGGAACCAACAGAAGAGAAUGGCCUCAGUGACGUCACUGCCACUUCACAUAUCUGUGCACUCACCGGUGUCAACAUUAGGUGCAUUAGUACAAACAAAACUAAUGGAUUGUAUUCAAUAUCUCUGCUUGCUUCCUUUUAAAAUGAUACCUGUAGGCAUCUGUUUCAGUAUGGUGCCAUGAUGUUUCCAUAAUACCAAAUUACACAAUCAAAUGAUUACA